AUGAACGAUAUAAUUAUUAGAUUUUUUUUCUAUUUUUUUCUUUUCCUAUUCCAUUGUAAUAAAAUUUAUUCAUCAUCUUCUAUAAUUUAUUAUCCAUCAUAUAAACUUAUUUUUAAUCAUUUAUUAUAUAAUUCAACAUUACCGCAAGAUACAAAAUUAAAAUGUAAACAAACUCAAACACAAGCAAAUUUUUCUCAUAUAAAUUUAUCUGAUAAAAAUUUAUUAAAAUUAGCAUCAUAUAAUAAAACAAAUUUAGGACCAUAUCUUAUAGUAUCAACUGGUAUAUAUCAAGGUAAACGAAUUAAAUAUAAUGAUCGUUAUAUUGAUCAAUUUCUUGGUAUUUAUUAUGGUGAAUUACCUAAAUCAUUAAAAAAACCAAUUAAAAAAUAUUUUGAUUAUUCAUUAAAAAAUGCAACAGAAUUUAGUCCAUCUUGUAUGCAAUCAUUAUCAAUGACAAAAAAUCUUUCAUAUGGUUCAUUUGUUAUGCAACAUGAUUUUAAUAAUAAUUGUCUUUCAUUAAAUAUAUAUCGAGCUGAUUUACGUUAUGGAGAAAAACGUAAAGCUAUUAUGGUAUUUUCUCAUGGAGGAUCAAAUCAAUUAGGUAGUGGAUCAUUAUUUGAUGGAAGUAUAUUAGCUAGUGAAGGUGAUAUUAUUGUUAUAACAAUGAAUUUUCGUCUUAAUUUUCAUGGAUUUUUAUCAAGUGGAGAUGAUCAAAUAAAAGGUAACUAUGGUCUUUGGGAUCAACUAUUAGCAAUUGAAUGGAUUUAUGAAAAUGCACAUUUAUUUGGUGGUGAUAAAAAUCGAAUAGUUCUAGCUGGUCAUUCAGCAGGUGCUGGAAAUGUUAUGUUAAUACCUGCAAGUCGUUAUUCUCGUGGUAUGAUACGACGUGUUAUAUCACAAUCAGGCACAGGUUUAGCACCGUGGAGUAUAAAUCAUAAACCAAUUGAAUUACUUCAACGUUUUGCUGAUGAUAUUUGUUGUAACCGUUCAAAUAAAAAAGAUAUGAUUAAUUGUAUUCAUCAAGUAUUAGAAAAAAGUGAUCGAGAUAUUUAUCAUCUUCAAAUAAGUCUUGCUAUUGCUGAUGAUAAUCCAUAUCCUGUUAUUGAUAAUGAUUUUAUAAAUGAUACAAUUGAAAAUAUAUUACAAAGUGAUAUUUAUAAAAAUAUUGAUUUUUUAACAGGUGUUACAUUAAAUGAAGCUCUUUAUUUUGCUGAAUAUCAUAUAAAAUAUUUUUAUAAUGAACAUGAAAAUGUUUCACAUUUAAAUAAUAAAACUUCAUUAAAAAAAGAAUGUCAAAAUAUUAAUUCAAAUUUAACUACAAUAAAAUCAUCAAAUAUUAUAUUUAAUAAAAAUUCAACAAUAAAAAUAAAUUCUUUAAAACAUGAAAAUAAUGAUAUAAUAAAUUUUGAACGACAAAUAAUAGAUAUUGAAAAACCAUCAAUUAAUGAAUUUGAUAUGUAUCUUCAAAAGUUUGUUAAACAAAAGUAUAUUGAUCAAUAUAUUAAGGCAAAUUUUCAACAUGGACAAUGUUUUAUUGAUAAAGUUAAAAAGAAAUAUGAAUUACCAGCUAAUAAUAAUCAAACACAACGAUUAAAACUUUUUAUUGAUCUUGUGUCAGAUUUAAUGUUUAAUUAUCAUAUGGUUAAAUGUUUAAAUAUACUUUCUACAGUAUCAAAUAGAAAUUCAUCUAUUUAUGCAUAUAUUUAUUCACAUCGACCAACAUCGAAAGUUCCCAGUGGAUAUCGUGAUCAACUUAAAUUAUUACCAGACGCUAUUGGUCAUUUUGCUGAAUUAGAUUAUGUUUUUGGUGUACCAUUAGCACGUAAAUAUUCUUAUAUACAUGUAAAUGUAAAUAAGAGUUAUUAUAAUUAUUCAAUUGAUGAAGAAAAUUUUAGUCGACAAUUAAUUCGUUAUUGGACAAACUUUAUUAAAACUGGAGAUCCAAAUAAAAAUUCAUUAUCCUCAAUUGAUAAAUCAAAUGUUCAAUGGAAACCAUAUAAAAACAAUGAACAUAAUUAUUUAUAUUUUUCUUUAAAAUCUAUUCAUAUUAAAAUUAAUUAUUUUGAUGAAAUGUAUAAAUUUUGGAAUCAAUGUUUUAAUAUUGAAUUAAAAGGUGGUUGUUCAAAGAAAAAAAUAUAUAAACAUUUAAUAUUAUUUAUAAUUUUAUUAAUUUUUAUAUUAUUUAUUUUAAUAAUAUUAUUUCUUUGGAAAUAUUUUCAAAAGAAAAAAUCAAGACAUACAUUUUCUCGUCGUUCACCAACAGCUUUACUCCCAUAUCCUAAGCAUGUAUCGACAUAA